AUGGGAACAAAACGCGACAUUCCUGCAAUUAACAUGUUGAGCAAUUUUUCCUGGGAAUGGAAAGAGAUCACCAGCCCUCCUACCACAUCUACACUACACCUGCUUGAGGAGGCUCAGCGAUAUCAUUUACGUGUGAGUGACCUGACCACGAGGACCACCGAAGGCAUCAAGAGCGUCAAACGGUACGUUGAAGAAAUAAACGAGGAAUUAAGCUCUAUCACAAACCAGGCGAAGAGGUCAAUGAUAGAGAGCGUGCAGAUCAUGUCGGAUCUCGUUAAAAAAUUAGGUAAGAGCAUCUCACACCGAUAUCAGACACAUAAUGCAAAAAUUGCAAAAGAGCUGGAGAAGGUGUCGGAGGCGGUCGAGCAACAACAAAAACUAACCUCUCUCCUUGAAAGUGUCAAUAAUUUGUGUGGAAAAGUGCUAUCAAAUCGGGGGUUAGAAAAUGAUGACAUCAAAGAUUUACAAAGUUCAAUCGAUGACUAUGGUAAAACUUUAGAAACCGAAAGACAAAAAAAGGUGAGACUGGAAAAAAGGAGGAAAGAAAAGGAGGAAGCAGCAGAAAAAGAAAAGAAACGUGAAGAGGAAGAAAAACGAAGAAAAGAUCCUGACAACUGGAAUCCUACAGUGUUUAAGGACGACGGAUCUACAGCAGACAGAUUCACUAACACCGACAUACUGUGUGUGAUAUAUGCCAUGGAAGGAAGCUUUCAAGACUCCUCGCUCCAAUGUACCAACAUGGAAGGAAAGAUUAAAGUGUCAGAAUGGCUAGAUAUGCGAUAUGAAGAACAGGCGUCAUGUCCGAUUUCGAUAAGGAAUGUCUCAGUAAAACUAGAGGCGCCUAUGGAAGUGUACGUGCCAUAUUCGAUUAACGGGAAAAACCGCGAGCCAGAGAUCAAGAUCUCAAUCGACAAUGGACCCUGGGCGUCCCCUGAUAUGCUCACCGAAAGGAAAAAUAAUGUUUUCCCGAAAGGAGUCAGGUAUAUUGGUACUAAAGUUGGAGGAAGCUUCAAGUCAGUAAGAAUAGUAGUAGUCGCUGUACACAAGGGAAAGAAGAUAAAAGUCGACAAAAAUGGUUCGACCUUCACGGAAGACUGUAUGCAAUUCCAGGUUCCUCCAGGGUUCGGGAAUGACAAUAUCAAAAUAGGCGUAUCAAAUGAUAAUGGAACAAAUAUGAGACAACAGAACAAGUUUCUUGGCGCUCAGGUACACAUAGAACUCGAUUGUGGGCAAAAAACAACGAAGGACAUCAAUGUCAAGAUAUCAGAAGAUAAGAUGUUGUCUCACUGUAAGGAACGGAAGGAGACUUGCAAGGCCCUGAACGAAGUGGUUACGUCUGGAAAGGAUAUGUCAAACAUCCAAUUGGAUCUUUUUCUUGUGCACUUACAGAGAGAUGGCGUGAUCACCACUAAGGAAGCAAACGAUAACAAAAAUCUGUUGGAUAUGAAGAAAAGGACAAAACAUCUGCUCGAGAUGAUUCUACAGCGACCAUCGGCAGCUGAAAAGGUCUUGGUAUGCUUAGACAAGUCAGGAAAUAGUCACAUAGCAAAACAGAUUCGACAGCUGAUUCCGAAAAAAUCCGGCAAUACAGCUGCAGAUGAAAAAUGGCGUUCAGUAUUGGUUUUCCGCGGGGAUGAUGGAACGUGGAAAGUGCUUGAUCCAAAAGUGGCUAAAAAGCUUCAGAGAGAGCUAGGAUGUGCCUUACCGGCGGGUAACAGACGUUUUGAGUUGAUAUCCCUGACUGUCUCUGAUGACUCGACAGAGAAAGAUAUUGAAGAAAUCGCCAAUGAGUUCAGAAACCGGGAGAUUGGUACGACCGUAACACUGGUCUGCAGGCAUAAAGCAGACGACUAUCAAGCCGAAAGCUUUGUGCACAUCCUUUCAUCAGAGGGAGCAUCAAGGGAAAUCACUCGACUGCAGGAACAAGGAUACACCAGAGGCCCAAUGGAAUUGGCUGAUUUUAAUGUCAUGGACGGGGAAACCGUCGAGUUGUAUAUGUCUGGUAAUAUCGGACUGGAGGACAAAGGUAGAAGGUUACAACAAGGAAAGGUAACGGAUUUACUAUACAAAGCCCAUAAAGACGUUUGCAAACUGAACUUUAAUAUAUACGUCGUCGACAAAACAUCUCCAGGUCAAAUGGAUGACGACAGGUAUCGAGGACUGCUUCAUUACAGAGUCAGAGCUAGGGAACCUCUUAAGGAGAGGACUGACGCGGUCGAGGUAACCUGGGUAAAGGUGUCGAAGCGCUAUUUAGCACACUUAUCUAUGAAUGGAGACAUGCAAGCGCUGGGCAAAUUCGUCAGUUCAAAGAUGGCUAACGGGCAGGAAAUGCACCGUGUGUUUGUUACCAUGGACACGCCGAAAACAGUGAAAGAAAUAGAAGACCGUGUUGAGAGACAAUGCAAGAAUGACACAGAUAUCAUCAAAUACGAGACAACGCUGUUCAUAUGGGCAAAUCAAAACAAAGACGAAAAAGACAUACAGAUUGAGAAGAUUCUACAUGCUGUUAAAAGUUACUCAUGGUGUGACGAAGCCCGUCGGUUUGUCAGAUUCUACACGAAAUCAGGUCUGUUCUCGGAGAUGUCACUUCUGGCAAUGUCAAAGCUGUUGGGGCCGGAAUGGAAGGAUUUGGCGGUCCUUCUGAAAAUACCACAGGUGCAGAUCGAUUAUAUCAAGACCAUGCAGCUCAGUGAACAAGACGCGAAGGGGAAAAUGCUUGAUAAGUUCCGCCUGACACACUACGCCAUCGGCUUCGGCGAAAAACUUCCGGAUGUAUUCUUAAAGUCCCUUCAGCAGUGCAAGUGCAGUGACGAACUUCUGGCGUACGUGAAGUCGAAACUGAACUGA